AUGGCGUCGAGUUCGGAGCUGCUGGAAUAUUCGUCCCCAGUGAAACGUCGUAAGAUCGAUGGCGGCGAUCAUGGGGGGAACGUCGUCGCGAUUCUGGAGGAACCGCGGUUCACCGGUCCACCACAUGACAGCUCGCACGACGAAUUCGAAGAAAUACUUGGUGCAGAUAGCGGAUUUAAUGAACUGAGUGAUGAAUCUAAAUCUACAUCCAUAUCUCCUGCAAUUAUAAGUCUACAAUCACCAUCAUCUAGAAUUGAUUCUGCUAGUAAUGGUACUGGUUACACAAUUGAUACUACAGACGAGAAAGAUGAGAUGUCUUCUACUGUCUCAAAUUUAUCAGACUUAUCAGGUUUGUCUGAUCUUUCUGGAGAUGGAGAGAUCAGUCAUCAAUGGAGAAAUGCUUCUUCAUGGAUUCAGAAGCAGAUGUUGACAGGUGCAGAUCCAAGGGAUCUCUUACAUCAUCUUCUUAUGGAUUCCACAUUGAUUCCUGAGCAAGUUGAUGAUCUUACAUUAUGGAAGAUUAUAAUCAAUAUGAUGUCAGAACCUCCGAGGCGGCAAAAGCUUAGACAUAUAAAUACUUUAUCGGAUGCAGUACGAUUAAUUCGUAAUAGCAAGAAAAUUAUAGUCUUGACUGGCGCGGGUGUUAGUGUUAGUUGUGGUAUUCCCGAUUUUAGAAGUAAAGAUGGUAUUUAUUCGAGACUAGCACAGGAUUUUCCAGACUUACCAGACCCACAGGCUAUGUUUGACAUUAAUUAUUUUAGCCAAGAUCCCAGACCAUUUUACAAAUUUGCCUGUGAAAUCUAUCCAGGACAAUUUAAACCUAGUCCGUGUCACAGGUUCAUCAAAAUGUUAGAGAAGCAGAAGAAGCUCUUGAGAAACUAUUCACAAAAUAUUGACACUUUGGAACAAGUGGCUGGUAUUAAAAAUGUAAUUGAAUGCCAUGGCUCUUUUGCCACUGCAUCAUGUACAAGAUGUAAAUAUCAAGUGAAAGCAGAUGAUGUUAGGGAAGAUAUCUUCGCACAAAGGAUACCUACGUGCCCGAAAUGCCGUAUCAACGCGUUGCCUUCUCUAUCCGAAAUUAAUUGCAGCGAGAAUUACAGAGACUUGGUAUCGCAAGGUAUAAUGAAGCCAGAUAUCGUUUUCUUCGGUGAAGGACUUCCAGAUGCUUUUCACGAUGCGAUGGCUAAAGACAAAGACGAUUGUGAUCUUCUAAUCGUUAUUGGUUCGUCCUUGAAAGUUCGGCCAGUAGCUUUAAUUCCAUCGUCCAUUCCGUCGCAUGUACCACAGAUUCUCAUUAACCGAGAACCAUUGCCACAUCUAAAAUUCGACAUUGAACUAUUAGGCGAUGGUGACGUUAUUAUAAAUCAAAUAUGCCAUUUGUUGGGUGACACUUAUAAAGAAGUCUGUUGGUAUGAUACAAUCUUGAAAGAAGCUCCACAACUUCUGUCAUUGCGUUAUUCGUCCGAUAUGUGGGAACAGAAUCAAGAUACAACAAGCAAUACUGAAAUAUCACGGGACAGUAUAGAAGUUGAUUUUAAGCCUCAAAACGUACCUUCUUUGAUUGAAAAUCAAAACGGCCUAUUGAAGACUACAAAUGCAAUUUCGCAUCAUACAGAAAAAAUCAAUGGCUGUAUAUCAUCUUUCCAUGCUGGUCAAUGCGUCAAAGAUGCAGAACAAAGCUUCAAUCUUUUUGGAGAGAGUCCAAAGAGACGAUCAGGUGAUACUAGUGUAGAAAAUAGUUCCAAAAGGAUGAAUUUUGGUAGCAUAUGUGAAUCGAAAAGUUCCAUAUCACCGGCAAAAGUGAAUAUUGAAUGUCCAAUGACUUCAUUGGAAAAUAGAUUUAAUGUUGCAUCAAUGUCUAAAAAGAAUUUCAAAGAAUGUCAGAUAGUGCCAGUAUCAUUGUCCCUUUCUUCAGAAGCUAUUAUAAGCGAAAAUACCUUAUCAUAUAAUUCGCUAGACAAUUGUGGAAAAUCAAACAACUAUGACAAUACUAUAAUGAUGGAUGCUGGCGAAACAGACAAAUUGAUACCAAAGCCGAGGCAAGCAUCGGUGGAUUCCAUCUUGGAUUCUGGUAUAGGUGAUAGUUGUAAUAGUGUCGAUAGCACAGAGGAGAAGUUUGAUAUUGCCGAAUUGAAGAAUAGAAGUUUAGAAAGACAUUGCUGGCAACCAAAAACUCGAGAGAGCCUCGCCAUGAGGUUACCAGAAAAUUCAUAUUAUCAAUUGGCGCCAGGUAGAUACAUCUUUCCCGGUGCGGAGGUUUAUUCCGAACCUGAAGAUUAUGAUCAGUGUUCCCUCUCAGCAAAUUCCGAAAGCACAGAUAGUGAUACUGACUCUUCUUCAGGAGAAGAAGACGAGGAUGAAGAAGAAGAAACAUGUGCGGACGACGAUCUGUCGGAAGGAGCAGACGCUGAUACUGACAGUCAAAACAAUGAGGCGAAAUGGGCGAGUAAUUCUUAUAGUGCUGAACAGCAUUGAAUUGGAACUAUACCUGAACUAUGUAAUGGUUAGUUUCAAUCAUUGUUUUUUUAUCAAUUUUCAUCAAAGUUUGUUGAGAUUAUUUAUAUAGAAUGAUAAACAGUGCAAUUUUUUCGGCUCGGUAAUGAAGUAAGAUAUAUGUUAAAUAUUACUUGUAGACAGCCCAAUGCACAUACAUAUAACUGCUAAUGUUUAUUUAGUCGGAAUAUUUUCGAAAUUUUUUUCACGUUUAAAUAACACAAAUCGAGGGAUUUGUUAAGCACAAAACUCCAUAUUUUUCUUGUUUUUAAAUGAUUGUUAUUGAAUGCAAAUUUGCAGUACCCAUACUAAUGUACAUAAAGUAUCAUUAGUCUUAUACAUGAAAUGUAUCACCUUCUCUUGAAUGGCAUUUUAAUGACACAACUAAUAAUUGUUUCUGUCUAUAUGAAGAUCAUAUAUGGAAAUGAUCAAAAAAAUGCUUGUAGCUUAAUGUACUAUUCUUACUAUUCUAUAAUAUGAAUUAUACAGUCUAUUUAAUCUUCUUUAUAUUCGUAAAAUGUAUAUAUCAAUGUUUCAGUCUGUCUUUUGAUUAUAAAAGACAUAGCGAGAGUGUGACACAACAUUUUGUCCUAAUUGUGCGAUAACGUGUAAAUGAGAUUAAUCUUUAAUAUAUUAAACCCCAGUUGAUAAAAAUCAACUCAUGAAUUAAUGCAUCUAUCAUGUAAUGUUCUAUAUGAUUCAGAUUUAUUCUUUUUUGGCUGUAUAGUUUUAUUGCUGCAUAUUCAUUGUAUUUAAUUAAACAAUCAUAUAAAAGAAGACAAACAAAAAAAAAACAGAAGAAAUGUAGAAAAUGCAACUAAAAUAACAGAUAGAAACUAAUAACGAAUUUAAUUGGAUGCACUACACACAAAUAAAUAUAUAUAAAGAUAAUUGUACCCAAAUUUAUAAUGACAUAAGUAAUUUAAGAAGUAAAGUAAUUAAUUAAACUAGGAGCUAAUAUUAUUAUUCUUUAAUACAAAUUAUAAUAAUAAUUUAUGCUAUUAUAAUUAUCUUAAUAUUUUAAUUAUUCAUAUUUAUAUUAUAAAUUUUUAUAUGAUACAUCUAAAAUGUGCACCAAUGCGCAUUAGUGCAUCCAACCAAUUUCGCUAUAAUAUGACAAAUCUAAUUAAUGCAUAUUUGUGAAAAUAAUGUAUCACAUUCUUUCAUUAUCAGAAUGCAGUAAUUACAUUUUAAGUACACAUGAACAGAAUAAUAUGGAAAAUUUCUUUGUUGAAACGGUAAAUCUAUGACAAUUUGGGCCUCAAAUAGUUUUUUUGUGAUUUCUAAUUUGAGAGUACUUUGAUUGGUAAAUAAUAAUAGAAUUAAUAUUUUAUUUAAUGAUAUAAAACAACAAUUGGUUAUAUAUUAAUACUGUGUUAGAUUAGUAUUAACUAAAAAUUAAAUACUGAUAGUUUUAUAUUAUAUGCAUUGCUAUUUUUGUCAUUAUGAUUAAGAUCGUCAAUAUUAGUCGAGAUCUUCUUUCAUUACAAACUUGAGAAAGAGAGGAAUGAUAGUUCAUUACAAAUGGUAUAUUUCUGUUAAAUAGAAGAAAGUUUUUUUUUAAUAUGGCUUUUUAUUUAAUUAUAAUACUUUUAAUUAUGAAAGUAUUUGCAAGAAUUAUUCAAUUUAAAAAGCAAGAUUGAUCGAAUUUUUAAUAAAUAAAUAACUCUAUCUCUUAUGAAAUCUUUAUCGGCCGAUGUUGCCACAAUCACAUUCUACCAUUAAAUUAUAUUUAUAGUUUUUUGCAUCCCGAUAAUAUAAAUAAUCAUCAUAGUUCUGCAAUGAGAACACUCUCUUUAGAUUUAUUAAGUUCAACUUUGUUUUAUUGGAGCACGGGCGAAUGUACAAAGCAAUGUUGGAUAGCUUCGCAUUGCAUGUUAUUUUUAUAUGAGCCAGAAGAAAAAAAAUAGAAUAGCGAAUUUACAAGAUUAAAAUAAAAUGAUGCAAUAAUGUUUGACAAACCGUCAUUAAUCUGCAGCUGCAGAUGCAUAAAUUAACAAAAAUACAUGUGUAAUCAUAUAAAUUAUGGAAAAAAUGUACAAGAGUAAUGCGAAAACUGGGUGCAGAUUAAGACAUUUUGUAUACACA